CACCUGCACAUUGCCACGAUGAUGGUGUUAGAGUCCUUUGGCCAGCUGUCGGCUUACUUUUAAUUGAUGGUGUGCCAAACAGCCGAGUCAUCGGCAGAAGGUUGGAGUUUCACACCUACCCAUAAUCUAACCGUAACCAGAACAACUCAUCACACUGUUUGGUACUUAUUUAGAUCGAGGAGGUGAUACGCACGGGACGGCUCGGGAAUGUCGUAUCAUCGGGAGUAAUUUCAUGGCGAAAAAGGAGCCUGGCUAGGAUUAUUGUUACUGGCGAGAUGCACUUGCGAUUUUUACCGCUGGACGACAUCUGUCACACUGCAUACGGCUUUCUAACAGAAAGUGUGUAAUUUGAUUGACCAUAUUAUGUUUGCAUAUGGUAAUAAUGCAACUUUGAAAUAACUGUUUCGAGACGUGUGGUUAAAGGACGUCCAUGUGGCCUAUUAUAAGGCUAACUGAAUCAAGAUUCCGCAUUUCAAACGUCAAAAUGACUGCACCUUCGCGCCUAGACCCCAGUUGUACAACUCUCACAAAGUUUAUCUUCGCCGAAGAGAAUCGCAUCUGGCAGUCCACUGGCGAACUCACGAGACUCCUCAAUUCCAUUCAAAUGGCCACCAAGUCGGUCAGUGCCUUGGUUAGGAGGGGCGGUGUGUCCCAUUUGUUCACCCACGCCAUCGGAAAACAGAAAGAAACGAAAAGAAAAGCCAUCGCUAACGAAAUUUUCAUCAACAUGCUCAUAUCGUCGUAUUCUGUUGGUGUGAUAGUGUCGGAGGAAAACCCGAAGCCUCUGGAAGUCGAUAGAGACCACAGAGGCAAGUACAUUGUUGCCAUUGACCCUCUGGAAGGUCUCCCAGACGUUGACUGUAACACUGCAAUCGGUUCGAUUUUCCUAAUACUGGACAAAGGCGAUGACAAUCUGCCAACGGCUCAAGACGUCCUGUUCGAAGACAACCAAAUCACUGCUGCAGGAUACGCGCUGUACGGGAGUGCCACAACUUUGGUCAUGUCAACAGGAGAAGGAGUCAACUCUUUUGUCCUUGAUACGGAAAUCGGAGAGUACAUCAUGACCGAAAGUAAUUUGAAGAUGCCGAAGAAAGGCAAUACCUAUUCCAUUAACGAAGGUUAUACCUCCUCUUGGGACGAUUUAGUUAAGAAUUAUGUGAAUGCUAAGAAAUUCCCUCAUUCGGGGAAACCCUACACUGCCAGGUAUGUCGGUUCCAUGGUUGCCGACAUACACAGGACUUUGAAACACGGAGGCAUUUUUAUGUACCCAGCUAACAAGGAGCACCCUCAUGGCAAAUUAAAAUUACUGUACGAGUGCAAGCCCAUGGCGUUCAUCAUAGAACAAGCUGGUGGGCUUUCUACGGACGGGACGCGAAGUAUCCUGGAUGUUAAACCAAGAGAGGUCCAUCAGACAACUCCGAUUUUUUUGGGGUCGACCAACGAUGUCCGGGAAUUUCUAGGGUUAGCGUCUAAGAGUGUCAGAAGUCUUCAAUAAAACGUAACGAAGUUAAUUCUAAAAGAACUAUUUUCCCCUAAUUGAAAAAAUGCCCAACCUAGUGGUCCUGUCAAUUCGUAUAUGGUACACAUUAUUAACAAAUCGUUGAUUCCAAACGCACUCAACCGAUAAACCACACUGGGGUUUUGCACUCUCAUCACCACCAUUUCCAAAUGUUCAAUUAAAAACUUGUCCGGUGUAA